AUGGCACUAGCUGCCACCGAAGUGUCUCCUUCAGACCUUGACCCGACCAUUCUAGCCCUCCGGAAGGACUUGAUCUCUGAAAAUGUGUCUCUUGCCCGCCGAUUUCGUGCCCUCUUUUCCCUCAAAUAUCUCGCUUCUCAGACCCCGGGACCUCAGGCCACCGGCGCCAUAGAGGCUAUUGCGGCAGCCUUUACAUCUACAUCCGCCCUCCUAAAACACGAAUUGGCCUAUUGUUUGGGCCAGACUAAGAAUCUUGUGGCAGUGCCCUUUUUAAGGGCUGUUCUUGAGAACAAAUCCGAGGAUGCUAUGUGCAGGCACGAGGCGGCGGAAGCUCUUGGAGCACUUGGAGACCUAGGAAGUUUGCAGAUCAUGAAAAAAAUGAAAGACGAUGGACAAGAGCCAGUUGUGGUGCGAGAAACCUGUGACAUUGCAGUUGAUCGCAUCCAGUGGGCACAUUCAGAGAGCAGAAAGACGGAAACCCUCAAAUCAAGCGAUUUCGCAUCAAUUGAUCCGGCUCCCCCAAUGCCUCUGACCUCCGAGUCACCAUCGAUCCCAGCUCUUAAGAAGACUCUCCUCGACACUUCAUUACCUCUUUUCCAACGCUACAGAGCCAUGUUCACUCUGCGCGAUCUCGCUUCCCCGCCUGACCUCCCAACAGCAGAACCAGCAGUGCACGCUCUUGCCUCCGGUUUCGUUGAUCCAUCAGCUUUAUUCCGACAUGAAGUUGCAUUUGUAUUCGGCCAGCUGUCACAUCCAGCCUCGAUACCAGCCUUGCAAUCCGUCCUAGAAAACACCAAGGAGGAAAGCAUGGUCCGGCAUGAGGCAGCCGAAGCGCUCGGUAGCUUGGGAGAAGAGCCCGGUGUGGAGGAGAUGCUUCGACGAUUCAUUGAUGAUCCAGAACAAGUGGUCCGUGAGAGCGUCAUUGUCGCCCUCGAUAUGGCAGAAUAUGAAAAGAAUGGCGAGAUGGAAUACGCCACAAUUCCAGCAACGGUUGCGUCAUAG